AUGAACAACGUCGGCCUCGCCACGAACCUGCACCUUCGACUGUCCCUCGCUGGCCUUCCUCACCCGUCCCAGCUGGAUGACUGGCCAUACGCAUCACCCGAGUGGCGCCUAGCGUUUGUGCGCCUCUACCGCACCAUUUUACGUCUGCACAACAAAGUAGUGGCGGUGUCGCUCUGCACGACGCGCGGGCAAGGGCCUGAGGCGGCCUUGUCAGCCGCGACCGGGGUCCAGGCAACCUCGCAGACGACUGCGGCGUCGGCCGCGGCCACCGCAACAGAGUCCGGCCACAACCUGGCCGAGGACAAGGACGACCACCUCCUCCGCUACCUCCUCACAUCAGACCAGCGAGAGUUCGGCAACCGCUUCGUCCAGGGUGAGUUUACGCGCCACAUGGACGCCGACGCGGUGGCGGCGACAAUCUUCUACGCAUCGUGGUACGACUACGUGCUGCAGCUUGCCUCCGGCGUGACGGCGCGCGAGAUGACGGAGAAGGAGAAGCGGCUCUUGUCAGAUGAGCAGAAAGAGGCGCUCAACUCCCUGCGCGGUGCCUUCUUCGAUCUCCGCACUUCCCGAGAGCCCAAGUACAUGCCGUGA